AUGGCUUCGGCAGCACGAGUGCGUGGAGAAGCUCAACAUGCAUGCCAUCCUGAGUGCUUCUGUGGGCCAGGAGCAGCUCCUCACCGAGCUGCUGGUCACUUACACCAAGAUUCCUGUUCUGAUUAGGGAGCUGAUAUCUGUGGAGAUCUGGAAGCACAAGAUCUUUCCCGUGCUGUGCCAGCUGGAGGACUUCAAGCCAAGAAGCACCUUCCCCAUCUAUAUGGUGCUGCAUCAUGAAGCCUCCAUCAUUAACCUCUUGGAGACGGUGUUUUUUUACAAGGAAAUCUGCAAGUCAGCAGAGGACAGCAUUCUGGAUUUAAUUGAUUAUUGCCACCGAAAACUGACCCUGCUCGCAGCUCGGAACACCAGCGGACAGGGAGCGGCCCCAGUGGAGCUUCAUCCAGAGGAACUGUCCAGCCCCUCAUCCAUGCAGGAGCUGCAGAAGCAGGCGGAGAUGAUGGAGUUUGAGAUUUCCCUGAAAGCCCUGUCCGUGCUGCGGUUCAUCACCGACCAGGUGGAGAGUCUGCCCCUGAGCGUGCUGACACGGAUGCUCAACACCCACAACCUGCCCUGCCUCCUUGUCGAGCUGGUGGAGCAUUGCCCCUGGAGCUGCUGGGAAGCGG